CUAUUCCUGAUGAACCUGAUAUGGAUUAGGCCUACUUGAACAGAAUAAAAAUAUUGAAAGUUCAGCUUGGAAGAAUAACACGUGAAGUACUGGACGAUGAUUUGUUAAUAACCGGUCAGGCGCUCUACCGUUGAGGUUUGAUCGAUGAUCAAGUGUGAAACAUGGGUGAUCGGCUCAUAAACGAAGGAGUUAAGUGGAUGUUGGUGUUUUUAUGGUUUUUGGCCAACCUCAUUGCUUGGUUAGCAUCAUAUUUCACCUACACUAAUUCCGAUGAGUAUUUCUACAUCAGAAUUCUCAUGGGGGCAAGCCUUCCUGUCGCUAGGGCAAGUGCUACAUGUCUGAAUCUCAACAGUAUGAUGAUUUUGCUCCCAGUCUGUCGCAACAUCAUCUCCUUCCUCAGAGGUUCUUGUGAGGCAAAUAAGUACUACCGUCGUAAUCUACGACGUCAGCUGGAUAAGAACAUUACCUUCCACAAGGUGGUUGCCUAUUUGAUUGUUUUCUUCACUAUCAUCCACGUUGUUAGUCAUUGUUUCAAUGCGCAACAUUUGUACGACUCAUCCACCGGGGUUCGUGGACCAUUGGCUUCUCUCUUAAGCUUACAAGUGACAAAAUCCGGAAAUCGUCUCAAUCCUAUUCAAGUCAUUGAUAAGAGUCCCCUCGGUCUUACACUGAUUGAGAAAACAUUGCAGCUUCUACCUGGCUGGACAGGUGCAGUCCUUACAUUAGCUCUAAUUGUCAUGUUUUCAUCAUCGACUGAAUUCAUCAGGCGAUCAUACUUUGAGAUGUUCUGGUUUACACAUCAUCUCUUCAUCCUUUACUUUGUGAUGAUUCUCGCACAUGGAGCGGCUGGUAUCGUAAGCCGGCAGUCAAAUGUAGCUGACCACAAUCCUAAGACAUGUUCUGAAAUCUUUACCGAGUGGCCAACUGAUGAAUGUCCCAAGCCAGAAUUUAUCAAUGGAUCAGCUGGAUCCUGGAAGUGGCUUCUUUUUCCCAUGGUGUGCUAUGUCUUUGAGAGGAUGUUUCGACUGUACAGAGCAUGGCAAACCAGCAUCAUCACCAAGGUUGUUCAACAUCCUUCCAACGUUAUUGAGAUUCAGAUGAAAAAACAAGGAUUUAAGAUGCUCCCAGGUCAAUACGUCUUCUUGCUGUGUCCUUCCAUUUCAAGAUUACAGUGGCACCCCUUCACACUGACCUCAGCACCUGAGGAGGAGUUUCUGAGUGUUCACAUUCGAAUUGUUGGUGACUGGACGAAUAAAUUGAAGGAAAAACUCGGAGCGGACCAAGGAGAGCAGUCAGUAGCACAACUGCCCAGCAUCGCAAUAGAUGGUCCAUUUGGUACUGCAAGUAUCGACAUAUUUGAGUACGAGGUUGGGAUUUGCAUCGGAGCUGGUAUUGGAGUCACGCCAUUUGCAUCUAUUCUCAAAUCAAUCUCCCACAAGCUUCUUAGCCCAGAAUUUGAGCUGAAACUCAGAAAGGUCUACUUCUUCUGGAUUUGCCGAGACACUAACGCCUUUGAGUGGUUCACCGAGAUGUUGCAGUCGUUGGAAUCCAUGUUGAUCGAGAAUGGUCAGAGAGAGUUCUUGGAGUACCAUAUCUACCUCACCAGGGGCUGGAGUCACAGACAGGCCAAGAAUAUCUAUCUUCAGGAGGAACAAGAAGUGGAUGCGAUCACCGGCUUGAGACAGAAGACAAAUUACGGUCGGCCAAAAUGGGACGACACCUUUAAGAUGAUCGCUGAAAACAAUUCGGGAGUGAAUGCUGGAGUCUUCUUCUGUGGUCCUAAGAGUCUCUCCACCGUGUUACACAAGUGUUGCAAUCGGCACUCCAGCCUUAAACCAGACGGCUGCCGUUUCUUCUACAACAAGGAAAACUUCUAACCCAAAUGACCAAACAGUUUCACAAAAAUGUGGACAAAUGUGUUUUCACAGAAAAUGUGAAAGUAGCCGUCUUUCAACAAAUUUGUGCCAAUCAUAACAAUAAGUAAAAUUGUGCUUUAGAUCGCAAUUGAUUGUAAAUUUAAAUGUGGCAAUAUUUAAUGGCAUGCAUAUUUGUAACAGUAUCUCUAUCAUCAAGAGAAAAGUAUAUCCUUGAAUUCUUUAUUUCCUCUCUGCUAGUUCAUUCCAAGCAUUUGACCAAACUGCAGUGCUGUAGAAUCAGUGUAAAAUAUUGUACACAGAAGUUUUCAUGUGGUCAGACUUUUUUCUUCAAUGGGAGACACUGAGGUGCUUGGUGGUGGCAGACACAAUGAUCCUUGUUGGUUGAUGUGGGCAUGCGCUUGCAGUUCUCGGCAUGCGUGUUAGUUCUGAGCACACACACGACCGGGGAAAAGGACCAGUUUGUCUGCUGCCACCAUGCGUCUCAAAGUCCCCCACUGUGUUUGCUGGAUUUAACCAAAUUAUCAUAAUAAACCUAUUUCACGAUUCAUGUGCGCACACUCUGAAUAUUUAACAGAGGGGAACAAAUUCAUGACAUUGCAUGACAUUUGGCGACUGGUUGCUCGCGAUAGUUAUUGUUGUAGACAAUUUGUUCCCCUCAACCAGCUUUGUUCAGUUAUUUGCGCGGGGAAUGCUAAAAUCAAUAUGGCAACUACUGAUCUAAAAAGAAAAUAUGAGAUUUUCCUUUGUUGUAACAUGAUUAUUAGAUGUAUUAUUAGACAAACAGUAUUUGAAUAUGUUCCAUGAAUAAGUUGAAUUUUAUACAGUCUAACGAAGUGCACAUGGAGUGAGGUAUUCCAUAGGGAUAAUUGCUACACAUGGAGGGCAAGUGCAGCAAUUUUCGACCAGGAGGAAAAUUCGACCAACUGCAUUCAAACACUACACAGCUGGUCGAAUUUCUUACUUUUUUUAUGGGGUCAAAUACCCACGUGCACCUUCACUCACCCCAAAUACAGGCCCCAAGUAAGCAUGGCCAUAGGCCAAGUCACAUGCACAGAACAUGUUUGACCAGGUGUGACAUCAUAACCGAUUAACUCAGCUUUUUUAUCAAAAUAAAUUCUUACUGAAUCUAAUUUCGAUAUCAAGCAAACAGCCUAGGCAUUAGAUGCUUCAGGAAUACAGUGUCCAUUUGUACCACUAAAACUCUGCUGUAAGAAAA